UAAAUUACAGUAUCAGAUACAGGAAAUCUUUGUCCCGCCCACUGUUGGCUACUGAACAGCUAAACGGAGCUCGAAGGGAGCGGAAGGGUAUAUAACGGAAAGUCAGGCCGUUCUGUUCUUCCUUGAAUUGAUUUAAACAAUACUGUAUGGAAGGAGCAGUCUUGUGCUUGGACUAAGAAGAAUUUUUUUUCUUUUGGAGGAUCCAGAGGGCAGAACUUUAUAUUUUUGUUUACAAAAUAAGAAAAAGGCAAUUAGAAACACUGGUAAUUCCUGCAAGGUUUAGGCAGCAUGAAAAAACGCCGAUACUUUAAGCUGCUCUUGAUGGUGGUGGUUGUCCUUUUGUUGUCCUACUACUACUUGUAUGACAAAAUUAAAUCUAAUAGUGAUUUUUACAGCAACUUGAGCUUCCUUCUGCAGUUUACUGGAGCGAAGACUGAAGAUCUUACAAUCUUGGAAAGACGGCAGAUGGAAAGAAGAGUGUUCGAGCAUCCACUGUCCAAAAACACAACCCCUUUCUUGUGUUACUCGGACAUCACCUAUAAAAGAUGGCCUGCUAAAACAAUGUCUGUUCCAGAGAUCCUGCCAUUUGGCACCCUGAGCUCAGAAAGACAUUUCCAAGCAGCACUUAAAGUUUUGAAGGACUGUGAUCUUCCACAAAACUUGAAGAACCUAUCAUGCCUAAAUUGCAUUGUGGUUGGCAAUGGAGGAAUACUUCGAAACAAGACAUUAGGGAAAAAAAUUGAUUCCUAUGAUGUUGUCAUAAGAUUAAAUAGUGGGCCUGUGAAUGGAUAUGAAGAUGAUGUUGGGAGCAAAACAACAUUUAGAUUCUGUUAUCCAGAAUCUAUUUUCUCUGACUACAGCCAGUAUGAUGCUGACACAACGUUGGUUUUUGUUGCGUUUAAGGCAAUAGACUUACGAUGGUUGAAGGAGGUGCUCCUAAAGCAGAGAGUGUCCAUGCGUGGCUUCUGGAAAAAAACACCUACAAAUAUAAUUUACAAAAAUAGUCAAAUAAGGAUAUUAAAACCUUCUGUAGUCCAGAAAGCAGCCUUUGAUUUAUUAAAACUGCCCACAGUUGUGCGUUGGCCUAAGCCACCACAGUAUCCAACAACUGGAAUUAUUGCAAUAGCUAUGGCACUUACUAUGUGUGAUAAAGUUCACAUAGCUGGCUUUAAAUAUGACAUCCAUAAUCCUAAUGGCACUUUGCAUUAUUAUGGCAAUGAUACCAUGUCCGCCAUGAGAAAGAUGAUGUAUCACAACAUUACUGCUGAACAAAUGCUUCUGAAGAAGCUGAAAUCAUCUAAUACAAUUUUUGAUUUGACUGGAAAUUUUUGAAAUAAUCAUCGUUGGAAUUAAUGCUGCUGUACACUGUUGAACACAGCUUCCCAUGCUGGCUGGAGUUCUACUUUUUUAUAUAGAUUACCAGGGAAACAAACCACUACUAAUUGUUGAACUGUUGAAAAAUUGAGUGCAAGAGAAAUACUGCAUGUGUAACUCUAAUACAUGUGAAUUGCAAUUGCUGCAUGGCUGAGAAUUAUCAUCUUGCAUCCUGCAAGAAUAAGCAUUGGAAAUGCUUCUUAUUGACAGCAAUAUAUCAGCCAAAAAUGGGAUUUCAUCAUUAAAACCUCUCAAACUUUGUCAAAAAAGUGAAAUUGAUACGAACAUCCCUUUCUGAUAUUAUUGUAAAAGGUAUUUUGCCGAUGAUUCCUGAUUACAUCAUGGGGCACUUUGGAUAGUGAACGGUCAGACAAGGAACAAAUAUUAGGCUACUUGGCCCUUUUGAAUGUGCUCUUGCAUUCAAUGAAAUCAUGGCUAACCUGAAUUUAACCUCCCCUCCACAUUCCUGCAUAUCCCUAAUACGCAUCGAUCCCCUUGACAAUCAAGAAUCUAUCUACCUCUGCCUUAAAGGUCUGCAUCCAUUUUUUUUGAGGAAGGUAAUUCCAAAAAAGCUCUUGAAGGUUCUUUCCACAUCUAUCCUAAUUUGGUGACCCCCUUUUAUGUUUAAAUUAUGCCCCCAGUUCUAGAUUCUCCCAAAGCAGGAAACAUCCUUUCAACAGAUUCUCCCGUUCAAGGACCCUCCAGACUUGUACAUUUCGGUUGUUGCCUCGUGAAUCUUCUAAACUCCAGAGGGUACAGGCAUGGUUUGUCUAGCCUUUCCACAUAAGGCAAUCUGCUCAUUCCAGGCAUUGGAUAGUGAACAUUUUUUGAACUUCCAAGACAUUGACAUCCUUCUGUAAGUGCAGUGACCAGUACUGUACAUAAUACUCUAGAUGCAGCCUCACCAAUGUAUAAGUGAAGUAUAACUUGCAUUUGAUCAUUCUUGCAUUCGAUUUUCCCUUACAAUAAAGCAUAACAUUCAAUCUACCUUCCUGAUUAUUUGCUGUACCUGUGUGCUAGCCUUCCAAUAUUCAUAUACUAGGACAUGUAGAUCUCUCAGCAUGUGAGCUCUGCAACCUUUUGCCAUUUAGAUGACAUUAUUCUUUUAUUAUUUCAUUAACGAUUGACAAUUUCCCAUGUUAUAGAUCAUUUUCCAGAUCUCUGCCCACUCAAUUAACCUAUCCAUAUCCCCUUAUAGGAUCCCUUGUCCUUUUUUGUUUUUAUCACUCACUUUCUUACCUUAUUUUGUGUCAUCAGAAAAUUUAACAACACAACCUUCGAUUCCUUCAUCCAAAUCAUCUAUGUAAACUGUAAAGUGUUCAGGACCCAACACUGGCCCAUGUGGGGCACUCAUGACAUCCUCCCAGCCUGAAAAAGACUAAUUUAUUUCUACGCUCUGCUUCCUUUUAGAUACCCAAUCUUUUAUCCAUGCCAUACGUUACCUCUGACACCCAUGAACUUUUUAUUUUUCUGCAUCAACUUUUGAUGUGGCACCUUAUCAAAUGUGUUCUGGAAAUCUAAGUCAAUUAUAUUCUUAUCCAGAGUACAAAUUACUUCUUCAAAGAAUUCAAUUAGCUAACUAAGGCUUCCCUUUGAGAAAACCAUGUUGGCUAUGCCUAAUUACUUUUGAGCUUACCCAAAUGUCCUGUUAUAACGACUAAUAAUAGCUUUUAACAUUUUCCCAAUGACAAAUGUUUAAGCUAACUGGUUUAUAGUUCCUGCUUUGAGUAUAGGAGUUACAUUAGGUAUUUUCCAGUGUAAAAGAAACUUUCCCAAAUUGAAUAGCAGACUAAAGAAAUUAAAUUUUCAUACACUUCCACAGGACUGAAAAGGUACUCUACUCCUUUCAAAUCAAAACGGAGAUUCUUGAAGUUAGUACUCAGUGAUGUCACUUGCAACUACUUUAAACAGAACUAAAUUAAUGUUCAAGUUGAGAACUUUUCUAAUAGUUUGAAUUUUUAAAAUGAUAAUAUUUCCAGUGAAGAAUAUAAAAGCUUUGAAUCUUUUGGAAGCUUUGUUGUAGUUUGUUUUUUGAUUUAGUAAUGUGGAAUUAUCUGUUCAGCAAUUUAAUUGCCAUUUUUCCAGUUGUGCCAUUCAGUUUGGGCAUAGUUAUGUAACUUAUUUACUAAGAUGACUGGAGAUUUGCUUUGAUCUUCAUAAGAUCUUUCCUGUCUGCAUCAUCAAAUUUAGAAGCAGCAUUGUAGGUUACCUGAAUGGAAAAUUAUGUUGCUUGAAAGUAAAAGACUGCUUUUAUUGCUUCUUGA